CUUUCCCUGUACCUGGAUCUCUUUUCCUCACCACUUUCUCCUUGACCCAGAACCGUCCUUCUAUUUUUUUCCUCUGGAAAUGGUUUGUCCCCUGCCAGGAACACCCUGGAGACUGAAUGCUUACCCAAAGAAAUGAAUUUUAAUGAUGGAAUUAAAAGAGUGCAAGACUAGUGCUACAACAUAGUACUUGAGACAAUGCCGAGGGACAGUGUCCAAGGCUGCACAGGGCUGAGCUGGGCUGGGCCUUUCCCGUCUGAGCCGCCACAGCAUCACCCGGCGUGUCACAGAGAGACGGGCACAGCAGACACGGUGCACGAAGGAAUGAACGAACAAACCGCGGAACCGAGGGCCCUGCUUCCUCAUCGGUCUUCAGGCUGCUCUGGCCGGGAGAUGACGGCGAAACAGAAGCUCUCCGUGGCUAACAAGGCCCCCGGGACCGAGGGGCAGCAGCAGGCAACUGGUGAGAAGAAGGAGGCUCCAGCAGUGCCCUCGGCCCCACCCUCCUAUGAGGAGGCCACCUCUGGGGAGGGGCUGAAGGCUGGGGCCUUUCCUCCACCCGCCUCGGCUGUGCCUCUCCACCCUAGCUGGGCCUAUGUGGACCCUAGCAGCAGCUCCAGCUAUGAGCAUGGUUUUCCUGGAGAUCAUGAGCUCUUCACCACCUACAGCUGGGAUGACCAGAAAGUUCGCAGAGUCUUCAUCAGAAAGGUCUAUACCAUCCUACUGAUCCAGCUGCUGGUAACCUUCAGCGUCGUGGCUCUCUUUACCUUCUGUGACCCUGUUAAAGACUAUGUCCAGGCCAACCCAGGCUGGUACUGGGCGUCCUAUGCUGUGUUCUUUGCGACCUACCUGACCCUGGCCUGCUGUUCUGGACCCAGGAGGCAUUUCCCCUGGAACCUGAUUCUCCUGACCAUCUUUACCCUGUCCAUGGCCUACCUCACUGGGAUGCUGUCCAGUUACUACAACACCACGUCUGUUCUGCUGUGCCUGGGCAUCACGGCGCUCGUCUGCCUCUCAGUCACACUCUUCAGCUUCCAGACCAAGUUCGACUUCACCUCCUGCCAGGGCGUGCUCUUCGUGCUGCUCAUGACUCUGUUCUUUAGUGGACUCAUCCUGGCCGUCCUCCUGCCUUUCCAAUACGUGCCCUGGCUCCACGCAGUGUAUGCCGUGCUGGGAGCAGGCGUGUUUACACUGUUCCUGGCAUUUGACACCCAGUUGCUGAUGGGGAACCGACGCCAUUCGCUGAGCCCUGAGGAGUAUAUUUUUGGAGCCCUCAACAUUUACCUAGACAUCAUCUACAUCUUCACCUUCUUCCUGCAGCUUUUUGGCACCAACCGGGAUUGAGGAGUCCUUCCCACGCCCUCCUUCCUUCAGAAAAUGCCCCUUGCUGGUUCUCUGCCCCUCCCUGUGCUCCUGCAAGCCCAGAUAUAAAAUUAGCUGCCAGCCCAGUCUGUGGCCACCCUCCCUUUCCCUCGGCCUCACCCCCCCACCACCGCCCCGGCCCCCUGCAGCUUGAACCUCUUCCAUCAGGGGCCCCGUGGAACAAGACCCCGCCAGCCCCCAUGUGCCCUCCCCUAGUCACAUCUCCAAAACCGCCAUAGUCAAGGUGGAGUCUCCUCUGGGUUUGAGGGCCCCAGGGAUGAGUGGGCAGAGCCUAGCAGGAUGUCAGAUGUGAGAAAGAGACCCCAGGAAGCCUGACUGAAACCAGCACCCCCAGAGUCACUCCUCCUAGGCUGCCAUUCCUGUGUGACCUUGACAUACUCUGCCGUGUCCAGUCCACCCCUUUAUCUUUGCUUCCAGGUCAGGCAUGGACACGCUGUGAGGAAGAGGCUGGGGAGACAGCUGGGAGAUGGGGAGAGGGUGCUCUGCGGGUAGGGGAACAUGGGUGGACAGUUUGUCCUAGGCUGCCCGUGCUGUCUCCACUCUGGGACCAGUUACUUUUUUAGGCACUUGAACCCUAGAGCCAAGAACAAUGGCAGAGGGUAGGAAGCAGUGCCAUCUGCACUUGCCCUGGCUUACCCUGCUGGGUCAUGAUAGAGCACUGUUGGGCCAGGAGGUAGGGGCUGGAGGGCCUGCUGCUAACUGGGGGACUGUCCUAGAACUCUAAGGCGGGUGGGAGCAGGACAGCCAACUGGGAGGCCUGGGUUCCCCAACACUCACCUGCAUCCAUCUGGGAGGACUUUGGGGUUCGCAGGACUGAGACCUACAUCCUCUCACCUUGCAGUCCUGAGGCUAAGAGAAGACUUGGGCCCUCGAAGACUGGGUGUUCUGAGGACAGGAGGACUAUUUUAGUCAAGUCAGCCCCAUCUGGGGGGAAUGCUUCCCUGCCCCCAGCCCUUCCCCAAGGCCUUUCUUAUUCCCCAAACCCUCCCCCAUCAGCUCCCUUUUGCUGGCUUCUCCCCAGUCAGCAAACAGGCUCAUUUGACAGUCCCCCUGCCCCUUCUCCUAGCUUCUCUUCUCCAGCCAUUCAGCCAAGAGUCCUAAGCCCCCUCCACUCCUUAUCUCAACAAUCCAAUUUGGAAGUUGUCCAGCUGAUGUUAACAACGGUGGCCAGUCCUUCCAGCAGGCCCCAUGUGAUGAGGUCCGGGCCUCCUUAUCAGCCUUCAGGCGGCUGAGAUCUCGGCAGGGUGUACGUCAGCCACCCCCAUCCCCUGCAGGCCCACUGGGGCGGGGGAGGGCCAGCCAGCAGCUGUGCAAGGCCAGCUCUGGGCCAGUGGAAAGUUACUGGGUGGAGCCAAGGAGGUUGAGAGUGGAUACCUGAACCUGGACCCUCCCUUGGCCUCUCCCUCCAGGGCUGAUUCUCUCUCCCUGUGCUGGGGGCUCUGUUGGCCAGUGGGGAGAGCGGGGGGAGCCAGAGGUGGCUAGGUAUGUUAUCUGUCCGUUCCCCCUCCUUCUCCAGCCUUCCUUUUCCCAGAUUUCAAGAAUAUUGCAAAAGCAUUUGAAGUUUUGUUCCAUCUUGGUAUUUGAGAAGAGAGAUGGUGGUGGUGUGUGUGAGAUAAAGGCAACUAGGAGCGUGGGUAGGAUGCCUACUGUGUGCUAGUCUAAAUCCACCACAGUGAUCCUACAAAGGCCGUGCCCUGCACAGCUCCAUUGCAGAGGGGAAAGCAGAGGUGGCCGAGGGCUCAGUGCCGUGGUACAGCUGACAGCGCGGUGUGGAGGGCCUAGGAUGAGGCUGGCGGUCAGGCCUGACUCUGGGAAUUUGUUGUCCUCAGUGCUGCCCCUGGCCUUCCAUCGCCCCCAUCCCCCAGCUACCACCACCAGAUUUUAUACUCCGUGGUUCCCACCUUCUAGACACAAGCUGAGGUCAGAUUCUGGUGUUUGGUUCCCAGUCUUACUGCCAACAGGUUUGUGGUUCUAGGCUAGUGUUUCUUGCUGUCUGAGAAUCCAUCUUCCCAUCAUCACUAUGGCAGAUCGUGGCCAGGGUGGCAAAGAAAGAGGUGCCGGGACACGAUUUCCAUCGACUUCAUCGCCCCGUUGUCCCUUCCUCAAGGGCCCUCCCUUUGGUCCCUUUCCUAACCUCUGGCCUCCCUUUUAAAGGGUUUCUCCCUCCACCCCUCACCCUGCAACCCUGAUCAUGCUUCCCACUCUGCCUGUCCAAGUCCUCCUUUUCCGCAAACAGUUUUUGUAGGAACUGGGGAUGGAAAGGUUUGUCCAACGAUGAGCCCCCAAAGCAGGAGGGCGGCAGAUCCUCAGCCAUGAGCAAUGUGACAGAGGUCACUCAGGGCCAUCUGAAAGCAGAGCCCCCCUCUCAGGGUCCAACGAGGGGCGUGGGCACACUGAGCUGCCUGCAGAGCCAGGAGCGGCUCCUACAUUCCACCUGCAUCAGGCUCUGAGGAGCCGGGAACACCUGGAUGGAGCUUGAAAGAAGGAAGGGCGGGGAACAGGAAUGCAGGAUUACAAGAAACCAAGAAAUUGAAGCUGGGCGGGUGUCCCAAGCGGCA